AUGUUGAAACGGCGCAGAGACCAGGACUCUAGUCAGCCUCACAAGCGUCCUCGUACCCGCGAUGCUCAGUCUGGAGACCGCCUGUCCCGCCUGAGUAAUGAGCUGUUGCUUCAUAUCUUCUCGUUUCUGCCGGUUUCGUCUCUGAAUGUGUGUCAAAGACUAUCCCAUCGGUUCCAUGCUCUUGGUGGUGACUCCGAGCUGUGGAAAAGGCAAUACUACUCAGAAUGGGUGCGACCCCGUGCCCGCCGGCUCGCAAAUGUUAGACGUUCAACACUCCCAACUAAGACGGAUUACUCACCCAAAGUCGCAACAUGGUUCGAUCAUGGUCACUUAGUACAGGGGGCACAAACCAAUUGGAAACGACAAUACCGGCUUCGGCAUAAUUGGUCCAGAGGGCUAUGUCGGUUUACUGAGGUCGAGUUUCCUCAGCCGCCAUGUCCACCAACUCUAGUCAGAUUCUGCGCCGGUGUUGUCUUCACCGUAGACCCGGUGUACGGGCUCCGGGCUUGGACUGCAAGAGACCCGGCAUCUUGUAUGGCAACAUCAUCAUUGACGACUCAUUCCAAAGCACCACCCGUGAUUCCAACAGCACUGGCCGCAAGUCAGGUUCAAGAUGAGAUCGAAAUCUCAGUAGGGUUGGAUAACGGCCAUUUCAAAAUGUUUGUCUUGCACCUUGGAACAUUCGAUCUACGCCUUCGAUCCUCUCACGUGGGUUGCAGUAAUGGUGCUAUCACUGCAAUGGCAUUGUCAUCACCAUAUCUGUUGAUUGUAUCCCAGCACAAAGAUUUGACACUGUAUAAUCUGCAACAUGGAAGCCAGCAGAGAGGUAAAACUGGAGAUACCGAAGAACUACACCAACUCGCCUCCCUCAGAGCGGAAAACAUCGUUGCACCCAUGACUCUGUCUCUUCGAGUCUCAAGUUUUGAUAUUGUCGCGACUAUUGUGUAUAGCUUCUUCCACAUUGGGUGUGGUUGGUCGCUCGGGAUUCAAGAACUGCGCCUGGGCAAGGAUGGCCAACAACUUGACUCGCAACUAGCCACCACAGUAGAUUCACAAUAUGGGCUAAGGUCACCGCAAGAUCCACCACAAUCCCAAAAAAGACGACACUCAGCGACUCGGCCCGUCAACAGUCAAGGCAUCGCCGCUGGAACACCAACCAUCUUACACCAGAAACCGCCAACCUCGAUGUCUUAUUCUCAUCCAUAUCUGCUGACCUCUCAUGCGGACAAUACAUUGACUAUGUAUCUCGUGGUCUCUACGUCCAACAAUUUGUUUGUUCAAGGUGGCCGGCGCCUUUGGGGUCACACUUCUUCCGUAUCCGCAGUUGAAGUGACAAACCGUGGUAAAGCUGUUUCAGUGAGCGCCCGAGGAGACGAAAUUCGAAUCUGGGAGUUGGAGAUGGCGAUAUCUACCUUGGGCAGCCGCACCUAUUUCAAAGAAGAGAAUGGCGUUCAGCUCAACCCUGAAAGCAAACAAGAGAAAGACUCGGGGGUGAUCCCUGUUCAUCCAAACUUGGGCAGUGUAGAUCAUACCCAAGGAUUAUUGCAAGGUUGUAUUGGGUUUGACGAGGAGCGAGUACUGUUACUCCGAGAAAAGACGGGAACCCAACUCCUUGAAUGUUAUGAUUUUACAUGA